GAAGGUCCGAAGUUCUGAACUUCCGAUUGGAGAGAAGAACGACGAAUGAAAUUGCAGAUUGGUGAAAGAGAAGUACCGAAACUAAAAUAAAAUUUUACAAAUUCGGACCUACAGAGAACGAACUCUCACGUUCACCACCGUGCAGAUUUUGCUUUCUCUCUCUCUCUAAAUUCUUUUUUGCCUUUCCAAUGAUUGUAAAUCUCCUAGUUGUCUCUCGGAGCUCCCUUCAGUCACUAACAUAUAUCUAGCAAAAAGCUUCCGAUUGGUUCUUUCUGCUUCCCUUUUGAUUCAGCUGCUUAUUUGGGUCUGUUUUCAUUUUUUUGAAUGGUGGGAAUGACCCAAUUGGCGGGAGCCAACGGUUCAGUCUGAGGUUCUGGGAGUUGGGUUUUGGUUAUUCAUGGCUGCAAGUGCGAACCCAUCUGGGAAUCAGGAGGGGAGCCAUGUCGCAGCUGCUGGUUCAGCAGGGGGAAACCCUAGUAACAGCAUUUCUGGCGCGGUGUCGGAUAAUUCAGUUCCAGCGCAUGCGACGCAUGAAUUGAAGCACAACCCAGGUCUCUCGGUGGAAUGGACGGCGGAAGAGCAGUCCAUCUUGGACGAAGGACUUGCCAAAUAUGUCUCUGAAUCCAAUAUAGUCAGGUAUGCAAAGAUUUCUAUGCAAUUACAAGAUAAAACAGUGCGUGAUGUGGCAUUGCGCUGUAGAUGGUUGACGAAAAAGGAAAGUGGUAAAAGAAGGAAAGAGGAUCAUAGCUUAACAAGGAAAAACAAGGAUAAAAAGGAGAAAGUCAUGGACCCUUCAAAAUCAUCAUCUCAUUUAGCAGCACGACAAAAUGUUACGCCAUAUGCCGUACCAAUGAUCCCUGUGGACAAUGAUGAUGGUAUCUCUUAUAAAGACAUUGGUGGCAUAACGGGUGAGCUACUUGAGCAAAAUGCACAGGUCUUCAACCAAAUUUCUGCAAAUCUUGCAAAUUAUCAGUUACAAGAUAACAUCAAACUCUUCUGCCAAGUUCGGGAUAAUAUCUUGACCAUCUUGGACGACUUGAAUGACAUGCCAGGCGUAAUGAAGCAGAUGCCGUCACUUCCAGUGAAGAUCAAUGAAGAGCUUGCCAAUACCAUCCUUCCCCGAACAACACACCCAAUGCAACAAACAUAAUCCCAAAUGCCCAGACCGAUUGGAGCUGCCAGUCCAAGCUGUUUCAUCUCUUAGAUGUACACUAAUAAUCUGGAUGGAAUUCACCAGUUCAAAUACAGAAAAGAGUAGCUAUUUGGGUCGUGUUGACGCAUGUAUCUUUUCUGGUUUAGAAAAACGAUUUCAGCUGUGAUAUCUAAAGUGAAAUGCCUCUUUUGUGUAGUUCUCUUUUACGCCUCAGUUUGUUAUAUUUAUUAAUUCUUGUAGUGGAUUGAUGCUUUGUUAUCCUAUUAAUUUAUAGUUUCUUUAGUUAUUGUCUCAUGAAUUCAGAAUUC